GGACUAUAUAAAUAUAUUUACAAAAAAUGAAUGAAGAUUUAAAUAAAAAAUAUACAAUAAGUAGCAAUAAAAACGAUGUGUGUCUGUACGACGAGAGAAUAUCUUAAUUUUUAUAUAAUUAUUCUAACGCUGCUGAAAAGUGAUGACUUCGAGGGUAAAAUUUUCCUGUAAUUUGGGCAUCGACUCGCGUCAAACAUCAAUCGUGUUACAACGGUUUUUAUUGCCUUUUUCUUCUCCGAUAUUUGGUUACAGAUUUCUAUACAUUCAUCUUAAUUUCGCAGAAGCUAGAAACAAUAAUAACUAUGUCGGAAUCAUUAAAUUUGCUGGACAAUCAACGAUUCGCAUUGAUGAAAUUUAGAAGAGUCAUGACUAGUUCUCUGCAACCCCAUCACGAUGAUUAUUUUCUUCUUCGUUGGUUAAAAGCGCGAAACUGGGACGUUGAGGGGGCUGAGAAAAUGCUGAGGAACUCAUUACAAUGGCGAAAGCAAUGGGAAGUUGACAAAAUAGAAGAAUAUAAUGAACCGGAAGUGAUGAAAAAGUAUACGCCACAUGGAAUUUGUGGAUACGACAAAGAAGGUUCACCAGUUGUCGUAAUAACUUUCGGCGAAUUUGAUAUUUACGGAUUACUUCACGUAACUACAAAAAAAGAGAUAAUAAAAACUAUGGUCAAAUACUUGGAAUAUUAUUUAAAGAUGUGCAAUGAACAAGUUAAAAAGCAUGGCCAUCUUGCUGGAAAAAUUACAGUUAUUUACGACCUAGAAGGAUUCAAUUUAAAGCCAUAUUUGUGGAGGCCAGCUACUGAAACUAUCAUUAGCAGCCUUCAAAUAUACGAAGCAAAUUAUCCAGAAAUUUUAAAAAUGUGUUUUCUUAUUAACGCCCCGAAAAUGUUUUCUUUUGCAUUUUCCAUCGCUAAGAAAUUUUUGAACGAUUAUACAAUAUCGAAAUUAAAAAUGUUCAAACCAGACCCCACGAAAUGGGGACCCGCAAUAUUGGAACUAAUUUCACCUGAUCAAAUACCUGCAUAUUAUGGAGGCACUUUAAAAGAUCCCGAUGGUAAUCCAAGACUUAGAACAAAGCUUUGUCUAGGUGGAAAAAUACCAAAAGAAAUGUACCUAGAUAAAGUAGUAGAAAGUGAUGAAUCUUUGGAAUACACUACCGUCAAUAUUCGCAAAGGAGAUAAGAUAAAACUUAGUUUGGAUUCGUCCGAAGAAGGAUCUGUUUUAAGUUGGGAUUUUCGCACGGAAGAUUAUGAUAUUAAAUUCGGUAUUUUGAAAGAGGAUGCAUCUGGAAUAAAAACCGAAGUCGUACCUAUUACAAGAAUAGAUGCACACAUAUUAAAUGAGACUGGAGUUUUAACCUGUGAAAAAUUAGCUAAAUAUUUCGUCAUCUUUGAUAAUACUUACAGUAUAAUGAAAAAUAAAAAAAUUCACUAUUGCAUUCGCAUGUUACCUCCUUCGGAAGAAUUUAAAACCACAAAUGCCAUAGAAUAACAUGCGAAUAGUAAUAAUAUCAAGUAAAACUAUAAAAUUAUAUAUAAAUGGU